CAGAGGGGUGUGGGCCGGAGGACCGCGGCGCUCCGCCGGCCAGUCGCGGGUUGUCAGAACGGUUGCCGCUGGAGUGGGGCGAGGCUGCGUCGCUGGGUCUUGGCGGUCUGGGGCCCGCGUAAGGAUGAGAGCGCAGAGGACGCAGGGCCGCUGGAGGCGCAGGUAACCAAGCGGGGUGCGGUGGGGCCGCGGCGGGACUUCUUCCGGGACCGGUGCUGAAUGGAGAGGACCGAGGCGACGCCGAGCCGCGGCUCCUAGCGGCGGGGCCGCUGCCCGAGCUGCAGCUGCCAGGCGAGGAUGUGUGGAGCCCGGGCGGCGCGGGGGAACUGAGACCCUUCGGGCCCCUGGACCCCCGGGGCCCGGGAUGAGUUAGCUGGGGCAGCCGCGGGGGCCAGUUCUGACUGCUACAGGCCAAGGCCACGGCCACCACCCGCCCGCCCCUUCUGUGCAGAAGCCGCUAGCUCCUUUUUGCGCCCGUCCGCGCUCCCUGCCCUGGAGACCAUGAGGUUCCGCAUCUAUAAGCGGAAGGUGCUGAUCCUGACGCUCGUGGUGGCCGCCUGCGGCUUCGUCCUCUGGAGCAGCAAUGGGCGACAAAGGAAGAGCGAGGCCCUCGCCCCGCCGCUGCUGGACGCCGAGCCCGCGCGAGGUGCGGGCGGCCGGGGCGGGGACCAUUCUGCUGUGUCCGUGGGCAUCCGCCGGGUCUCCAACGAGUCGGCGGCUCCUCUGGUCCCGGCGGCCCCGCAGCCUGAAGCAGACAACCUGACGCUGCGGUACAGGUCCCUGGUGUACCAGCUGAACUUUGACCAGACGCUGAGGAAUGUAGAUAAGGCCGGCUCCUGGGCUCCUCGAGAGCUGGUGCUGGUGGUCCAGGUGCAUAACCGGCCCGAUUACCUCAGACUGCUGCUGGACUCACUCCGAAAAGCCCAAGGUAUUGACAACGUCCUCGUCAUCUUUAGCCAUGACUUCUGGUCGACAGAGAUCAAUCAGCUGAUCUCUGGGGUGGAUUUCUGUCCGGUUCUGCAGGUGUUCUUUCCUUUCAGCAUUCAGUUGUACCCCAACGAGUUUCCAGGCAGCGACCCCAGAGAUUGCCCCAGAGAUCUGGAGAAGAAUGCAGCUUUGAAGAUGGGAUGCAUUAAUGCUGAGUAUCCCGACUCCUUUGGCCAUUAUAGAGAGGCUAAGUUCUCCCAAACCAAACACCAUUGGUGGUGGAAGCUGCAUUUUGUAUGGGAAAGGGUCAAAGUUCUUCGAGACUAUACUGGCCUCAUACUUUUCCUAGAGGAAGAUCACUACUUAGCCCCAGACUUUUACCAUGUCUUCAAAAAGAUGUGGAAGUUAAAGCAGGAGGAGUGUCCUGAGUGUGAUGUUCUCUCCCUGGGGACCUAUACGGCCAUUCGAAGUUUCCAUGGCAUUGCUGACAAGGUAGAUGUGAAAACUUGGAAAUCCACAGAGCACAAUAUGGGUCUAGCCUUGACCCGGGAUGCAUAUCAGAAGCUGAUUGAGUGCACAGACACUUUCUGUACUUAUGAUGAUUAUAACUGGGACUGGACUCUUCAAUAUUUAACUGUAUCUUGUCUUCCAAAAUUCUGGAAAGUGCUGGUUCCUCAAGUUCCUAGGAUAUUUCAUGCUGGAGACUGUGGUAUGCACCACAAGAAAACCUGUAGACCAUCCACCCAGAGUGCCCAAAUUGAGUCACUCUUAAAUAAUAACAAACAGUACUUGUUUCCAGAAACUCUAAUUAUCAGUGAGAAAUUUGUGGCAGCCAUUUCCCCACCUAGGAAAAAUGGAGGGUGGGGAGAUAUUAGGGACCAUGAACUCUGUAAAAGUUAUAGAAGACUGCAGUGAAAAAUCACAAUUACAAAAGCAAAAGUCACAGUCUUCUAUUUUUGAUAUUUGUCCAAACAGAAUAUACAAUUGAAUAAAAGGGUUUAGGAACUGGUUUCUGCUUUAAUACAGAAAAAAAAAUUCUUGUAAAAGAUGUCCAAAUAUAGUAAUCUUUUCCUUCUAUGUCUGAUUAAAAUUUAAACACAAGUUUUCAUUUUGGGAGUUGGGUUUUAAAGUUCAAUCUCUAUCUGCUAAAGGUAAUCAUUAUUAAUUGGUAAAAGAAAAGGGGAAAUUUUAUUUAAGUUGCGUCUAUUAAUCUUUUUAUCUGGAACUUUGUACACUUUUCCACUUUCAAAACUUAUUUUAAGUACAGCAGACUUUAUUUAAAAUUGUCAUAGCAGUAAAAAGUAUUACAAUGGAAUUAUUAGUAUUAAUGGAACAAGCCCAGUUUCACUCUUGACACGGUUACUAGGAAGGGAUUGCUUCACUGGUUUUAUAAUACAAAAGUUAUGUUUGUUAAACGCCCUAUCAGAACAGACAUUUUCAGUAUUACAGAUUCCUGUAUUAUUGUGUUAAGAUUUGCCUGUGCUUUGGAGCCUUCAUAGAACACAGUUUCUUUUGGAAUGUAUUUGAUUGAUAAGAAAGUUUAAACACUGUUUUCACCUCAAUGUAGAAAUACAGUGGGUUUUUUUUUUCUUUUAGUGCUGCCAAAAUAAAAUACUCAUUUUUGCAUAAAAAGGUUCAUAAUUAUUUUGCAGAAUAAAUUUUGUUUACUCUUUACACCAAAAUUCAGUGAAGGCAUUCUAGAAGUUUUUAAAGUUUACAUUACAUCUUCGUGUGUACUGUUUGUACAUCAUAUAACUGAGUUUGAAAUAAAACCCCACUCUUGACAAUGCAUUCCCUUUAGAAGACACUGGCUUUCAAAUUACCCAAGCAUAGAUAAUGAACAAUAAAAAGCUGCUGUGUAAGUGAAAUACAGCCUAAAUUGUUUUCGAAAGCCAGAAAUGAUAGAAAGUUCAGUCAUGCCAAAGUGAAACAUGUUCCAGUGCCAGCUUUAUUUUAAGUGAAAUCAUACUUUUUAAAAGGAUAGACACAGUAAAUAAUAGGAAACAUGCUUAAAAUUUAUUCUUUAUUUCUUGUGGAAGUUUCUCUUAAUAGUAUAUAAUUGCAUUCAACCAGAAGUUACACAGAGACUAAUUUCUGUAUAGUUAGGACAUCAUUUCAUUCUAAGAAGAUGGUGUAUUAAAUGGACAAUUUUGAAAUUAUUUCAUCAAAUUAAGAGUCAUACUAUGUUUGAGAAAUGCAUGUGGUUGUUAAAUAUGGAACAAAUAGUUCUCUUGCUUUAUGAGCUACCUUUAUAUUACCCUCACAGCCCAGUUUGGUUCCAGAUUUUAUAGGGGGUUAUAAAUGUCAAUCAGGAUGAAUUGUCAUGCUUUGUACUAGCUUUUGGUGCUCUGAUUUGACUUUCAGCUGUUCAGAGGACUAAAAAAAUUAAUGUCCAGGACUAGGGUAGGCCUGAAGUUUGAAUUAUUUUGAAUCAGAAAAAGAUCAUUGAUAAACUAGGUCAUGGUUUUGGGGUCAGCAAUUAGAUCAACAAAUAUUUUCCUUUCUACAUUUUCAUUCAUGCUGUACUAAAAAUUUUUGUGAGGAAAAAAAUCUCUGGAUUUUCUCCUGGCCUCCAAUAUAAAUAUUAAUAACUUAACCACUGUUAAGAUGAAUUAUCUAUUGCCCUCUUUUAGAUAUUACAAGCAAAACUAACUAGAUAACACUGGCUCUUUGGUUUCUUUCCAUGUAAUAUAGUGAAGACAAUUUUGCUAUGGGAGCAAAUUCCCAGAUUUUUUAGUUGUUCUAAAAUUCAUAAAUGUCGGGGUGCCUA